AUUCUACUCUCCCGAGUGUUCCGGGCCGUGCACGUGACAGACAGCCAUGGCACCCGCGAUUCUGACUCAGCGCCCCAGAAUAUUGUUCCUCGACGCCUACGAUUCAUUUUCCAACAACAUCGUUGCUCUGGUCAAGCAGAAUGUGGACGCGGACGUCAUCAAAAUGUUCAUCGAUGAUCCAAACCUCACAAAGGCGAACGAGGAGGGUGAGUCGGCCUUUGUGCAGUAUCUGCGGACCUUUGACGGUGUGAUUGCUGGACCUGGACCUGGCUGGGCAAAAUGCGACCAAGAUGUUGGAUUGAUGACAGACCUCUGGAAACUUCGAGAUGAGCAACUCCUUCCUGUGCUUGGUAUCUGCUUGGGCUUCCAGUCCCUGUGCCUUGCGUUUGGGGCCGAUACUGUACGACUCGAUGAACCCAAGCAUGGCAUUAUCACAACCGUCCUACACAACGGCCAGUCCAUCUUUCGGGGCGUCGAGCGUCUCUUGGCCACCCAGUAUCACUCCCUACACAUCAAGCUUGGCCACUCCAUUCAAAGCAAGCGCGCUGUACGAUAUCCCACGCAGCUCUGGGAGCCCACCGAGACUUGCCCCGAACUCGAGCCACUGGCGUGGGACUUUGACAGUGAACGCAACGGCGCUGUACUCAUGGGCGUCAAGCAUAUACAGAAACCCUUCUGGGGCGUCCAAUUUCACCCCGAAUCGAUUUGCACGAAUGAAGAAGGAAAACACAUUGUCCAGAAUUGGUGGGAAGACGCUCAGGCCUGGAACCGAAAGCGCAUGUUCCGCAAUAUUCCCAAGCACACUCUGUUGCCAAACACGCCGUCUUCCCCAAUGACAUUUGAGGAUUUCCGACGAGAGCUUGGCUUCCACGCCACAAAACAGAACAAAUACUCAUCUGCAGGGUUUGCGGCAAGCCUUGACAGUGACACUAUCACGCCUCUUGAGCUAGCUUCGCUGAUUGCACAUGGCGAUGGGCAAUCACUGCCAGACCUGGCUCCUACCACCGUUCACUGCGCGACUACAGGGAGCGGAAGGCUCACAGUUGCGGAUGUCUGUGAGCUUUUCGAACUAACGCGGGGCGAGGCGCUGGUGCUUGAAUCCGGCCUACAGACAAACUUGGUGCCCAUGGCUGUAGGCACUGGCCGAUACAGCAUCAUCGGCUUUGUCAUCCCUGAAGAAACCCUCCGCCUACACUACUAUGCCGGAUCCCGGAGGAUGGAACUAAGAGAUGGCAAGGACCAAGUACACACCGAUUGGACCGUGAACGACCCGUGGCCGUAUGUGAGAGAAGUCAUGAAAGGCCUCCAGCCCACGACACCUCCACAAGGAACGACAUGGGCACCUUUCUGGGGAGGACUCAUGGGGUAUGCAUCGUACGAGGCUGGUCUGGAAACCAUUGGUGUUCAUGGCCAUGAUGAGGCCUCCUAUCCGGACAUUUGCUUUGCGUACAUUACGCGGAGCAUUGUGUUCGAUCAUCAGAUCAAGAAGAUUUACGUUCAAAGCAUUCGCGGUGCUUUUGACGAAGAAUGGGUUGCACAGGCAACGGAAAGAAUUUAUGACCACGCUGGUGUGAAAUCACGGGAAAGCACACCGGGCUCGACGGUCGUAGCAGAAGUGGACCCGUUUGAAGCACACGGUACGAUGAACCAGUACAUCGAAUCAUGCCAACAGAUCAAGGCUGUUGAGAACGAAUACUGCGACAAGGUUCGUGCCUGUCAGGAGGCUAUAGCAGACGGGCAGAGCUAUGAACUCUGCCUUACCACGCGUAACGAAGUUCGUGCUCGCAAACCGACAGCCUGUAGAAUCUCGCGUUCAGAGGACAAUGAACAUUCCUGGAACCUCUACAAGCGUUUGGCCAGUCAGAACCCCGCGCCUUUCAGCGCAUACAUGCGGAUUCACAACGUGCACGUCCUGAGUUCAUCACCGGAAAGGUAUAUUAGUUGGGACAGGUCACAAACUGCGCAAUGCCGGCCUAUCAAAGGCACAGUGCAGAAGAAACCGGGUGUCACGGCGGAAAUGGCCCACGAGAUUCUUUCUUCAUCCAAGGAGCGGGCAGAGAAUCUCAUGAUUGUCGACCUCACCCGACACCAACUGCAUGGUGUAUACGGCUCAGAGAAUGUCCGUGUCACUCAGCUCAUGGAGGUUGAAGAGUACGAAACACUUUGGCAACUAGUUUCGGUCGUUGACGCAGUACCUCGCGGCAUCAACAAGCCAACCACCGCUGAGGCCUGGCAAGAGCCCGUGGGAUACGCAUCUAAGAAGCCCAUGAAGCAGUCUGUUCCAUACCUCGGUUUCGAGGCAUUUGUCGAGAGUCUCCCGGCAGGAAGUAUGACUGGUGCACCCAAGAAGCGAUCAUGCGAGAUUCUCCAGAACGUUGAGAACGGGGUGAGAAGGGGCCUGUACUCUGGCGUUCUCGGUUACCUCGAUGUUGGAGGUGGUGGCGAUUUCAGUGUUGUCAUACGGACGGCUGUCAAGAUUGACGACGAUGAACUGCAAACCGACGACAAGGAGGAUGUCUGGCGCCUCGGCGCUGGCGGAGCCGUCACAAGCCAGAGCACUCCAGAAGGCGAAUACGAAGAGAUGAUUGCCAAGUUUGGAAGCACGAACCGGGCCUUUUUGCCUCUUCCCCCACCAAAGGCAAAGGCCAAAGGUCGGAGGGUUGAAAUCAUUGAGCCUGACGACCCUGAAUUUGCCGAAUUGCUUGCAAGUAUGAGGGGCGGGGAAGAGCUGACGCUGGAUGAUGCGCAGAUCAUGCUGAGAGCUGUUGAGCGCGAGCUUAGGAGGAGAACUGAUGAGGGCGAGGGCAACAAUGCUACAGAAACGGAGUAAAUGGUUCACAGGAGUUGGGUUAUGUUGGAGUUACUGAGCUUAACCUUGAUACCAUCUUUCGUCUUAGAGAUAGACAUUCUGGUUUCAACACCAAUACAGUUG